AUGACAACAGCUAAUCUAGAACAAGUAUCAGAGAAUGGUCCAUUGAUAUCUACAGCUGAUCAAGUGCUGGCACUUAUCGAAUCCUUCAUUGAAUUAGGUGUGUUGGUUCAUGAUAAUCAAGGUACUCAACAAUCACAUACUGCUUUAACUCGUAAAACCAAUCAAGUUAUAAGUCAAUUAUCAGGAUUAACUUCAAGUCCAUUCACUCAACAAUAUCCUAUUCCUAUUGAUGUGUUUUCCUAUAUUGAAGAUGGUAGAAAUCCCGACAUUUAUACUAGAGAAUUCAUUGAAGUUACUGCUAAGAGUAAUGCUCGAUUAAAGGGGAAAAUGAAAGGAUUUGCUAUUUUAAGAGAUAUAUUAGGAGAUAAAUUAGGCAAAGAGUUUCCCAGGUUAGUUGAAAAUAUUGAGGAUAUAAAGAGGAGAACUUCAAUUGAAGAAGUUAUAGAAUAA